UCCACUUUUCCGUCUCACCUUUCCACAUCCCAUCAUCAUCUCACGCUAGGGUUUCACUUCUCUACCAUCAUCUCGCGUGCAUCCCCCAUCCUCCCUCAUGGCUUCCGCCAUCCCUCCUUCCACCACUCAGCAGCUUCCCCCAACCUCCACAGUCCAUGACGCUCCUCUAGCCCUACCACCCCCUCCUCCCCAGCAAAUGGUGAUUAAACAAUGCCCGCCUAAGAGCGGAAGAAAGCGUAGUUCUCAUGGCCGGAAUACGCAAGCUAGAGCGCAGUCCAGCGCCGUAGGACCACCAGCUCCGGAAGCUGUUCAGACCGCAGGAUUCGCCACGCCACGUGGCGUUCCUCGGAUAUCCGUAGACGAUCUUUUACUAGAAGACGGCCCUCCGUCGUCGUCGUUUACCAGGGCUGCUGAGACGUUGUUCCUUUCGUUUUCGCAGAACGGGGCGGUGAUUCUUGAGCCGGCGCGGCACGAUGCAGCACUGUUAUGUAGAACGUUGGAAUCCGCUCGGCUUUAUUUUCGCCGGCGAGCGGAUGCGUCGUCGUCGUCAUUGGCAUCGUCGUCGCAGCUCGAGACGCCUGAGUGGGAUGACGGCGGUGGCUUUUACAGCGCACCGUCCAAGGACUUGUACUUUUACAAGGCGGGAAGGUCGUUGAACGAAGGAAUCAACGACUCGUGUCCGCCGGGGUUUUCGGAGGCGUUCAAGUACAUGGGGAGAGUUUCGCGGUCCGUCAUGUCCGCUCUCGCGCGUCAUCUGAAACUUCGUUGCGAUUUCUUCUCGGGACUGCUUGACGACUGUCCGUUGCCGAUCGGCGAGGUGUCUUCGUCCGUGCUCGCCACGGCGUGCCAGCGCAGCCAACCGCCUCAGGACGGCCAAGCCAGAAUGAUACCGGACGCCACCGAAACCGAGAAGGGCCUCCUAAUGCUCGUCACGGCCGACUUUCCUGGCCUUCAGGUGUGCAAUCCCGAGGGCGUCUGGUCGCCGGCGGACCAGGGUGUGCCGCCUGGAAGCCUGCUGCUGCUGGCUGGCCGUUGCCUCCAUCGCGCCACGGGCGGGCUCUGCCCCGCCUCCACCUACCGCGUGCUGCCUCCCGCCUCGCCAGGCGGGCUCACUGCGCCGAAUAGGUGCUCGCUGUCCUUCCGGCUCAUGCCGCGGCCAGCUGCAGUGAUCGACUGCUCCUCACUCGCGCAUGCGGGCCAUGCCGUCCCCGCGUCCAUGCGGGAGACCGUGUACGCGGGAGCCUUCAUCGACGCUCUAAAUGCGUCAUCGGCUGACGUGGGGGCCGCUGAGAAAGAAUCGAGCCUGGCCGUGUCGUGCAAGCUCGAGAAAUCGUCCCUGGCUUCAAUGGUCUCGGAUCCCGUCUCGGGCUCGCUGCUGGAGGAUGCGAUGGUGGCGCAGUGCGGCCAUUCCUUUGGCGGCGCAACACUUGCACGAGUCAUGGAGUCGAUGGUCUGUCCGUACUGCAUGGCUCCUGUCGACGUCAUGGCCCUCAUACCCAACCUCGCGGUGAGGUCGGUGGCAUCGUGCUUUGGAAAGGGCCCGUCGCACCACACAGGGCUGGGCGUGAAGGCCCCCAAGAGGAAGCGCGAGAAGGAGCACCACGGGGAGGGCAAGCUGCUGCUGGAUGGCUCCACUCCUCACCCAGUCAAGCGCCGCCCCAAGCCUGACGACUCGGCGCAGCUAGGCUCUCCUGAUGCUGAAGGCGGAGGCAGACUGAGAGGAGUGCAGUUCCCAUUCUCUGUAGAUGAAAAGGUCUUGAUCAAGGGCAAUAAACGGACCCCGGAGAAGUUCUUUGGCAAAGAAGCUGUUAUCACGUCGCAGUGCUUGAACGGCUGGUAUCUCGUGCGCAUACUGGACUCGGGUGAGAGCGUCCGCCUACAGUACCGCUCGCUCCAGAAGUGUGACGGAACGGCAGUACAAGCCAAAGCCGAGCCGCACCAACGCACCGACACCGCCGAACCACAGGCGGAUGCAGGGGGGGAAGGGGUGGCAACGAGCGGAGACAAGUCCUGGUGGGUGGCGGGAGAGAGGCGCAUGAUGGGCGAGAUGUCCGCGCUCCUGCAGGCCGACGACGACUCGGACCACCCACCAUCCUUCCCUGACGACGCCCUCCUCCCACCCAACCCCUCCGGUGGCACUCCCCUGUCCCCAUCCCUGCUGGGACAAUCCCUUAUGCUCUCUCCCCCGUCCAGCCACCUUGCCCUGUUAAGUCCGAGUCCUCAAAUGGGUAGGCCGUCUGGUGGUGGUGGCGUGGAGUCAGGGGAGUACGGGUGUGAGGGGUCGGUGGGGGCGGGGCUGUCGCCGCCUCUGCAGGGGGCGUCGCUAGCUAAGGGGACGCAGGCCCUGAUUGCUGCUGCUGCUGCCGUUGAGGCUGAAUGCAGGGGAGAAGCAGGUGGUAGUGGUGCUACUGGUGCUUGUGCUACUGGUAGUGUUGGUGCUACUGGUGAUGGUGGUGGGGGUGCUCCUCAUGGUGCUAGUUAUGAUGGGAGGAUCCCUGCUGCUGCUGCUGCUGCUGCUGCUCCUGCCAGUGGAGGCUAUGGGAGUGCAGGGGGCAGCAAACAACAUGGGGGGCUCAGACUGUCCUCGGGUUCUCAGUCCAACCAGGGUUUGGGUAGGAUGGGCAGUGCGGACAGACAGAGCGGUGCAGACAGACAGGGUGGCGCAGACAGAUGCCUGUCAGACCAGCAAGGGCCGCUGCCCCUGUGGAUGUCGCCUAUCACCGCCACAACGAUUCUGCACCAAGCGAUUUCUGAUGCUGGUGGUGGCAGUGGGGAGCAGGGUGGGGGUUUGGGAGUGCUGAACGACCAGGCUGGCUAGUGUACAUCAUCUAAGCCAUGGAUGGGUUGCUGCUGUACAGGUUCCAUUCCUUACCUUGUGCUUGAUCAUUUGGUAGGUAGUCAUGAGGUGCAGUCACAAGGGCUGCUGUGUUUUUGUCAUUGGUUGGGCUGUGUCUGAGCAAAAUGCUUGUGAUUUUCGUGGGUCUAGCUGCCACAUCCCUUGUUUGUGGUAUAUAAUAAAGAUUCACCUGCAUCCGGCUGGUGGAUGUGCUUGCAGCUUGCGAGCUUUGCUCUAGUGAU